GACUCUCACGCGGCCGGGCGGCUGCUGGCGCGGCGGCGCAGAGCGGGCGGCGAGCGGUGCGGGAGGGGCGGCCCCGAGAGGCGGGGCGGGGCCGGUGCCGCGAGUACCCGCCGCCACCGCCCGAGUCCGGGUCCCAGAUGGGGUGCGGCGAGUAGAGGCGCUCGGGCUCGCGGCCGCAUCCCUGCCCGCACCGUGCGCGGGGGCUGGAGCUGAGGACCGCGGCGGCCCGGUUCCCAGGCCGGAGCAGGCCAGCCCGGGCCUGCGCGUGGGCCGCGUGCGCGCGCGCGCGUCCCCGACAAGGAGGCCUCUGAGGUGCGCGCCGGGGCGGGAGCGGGAACGGGAGCGCGGCGGCGGCGAAGGCGGCCGGCGGGGGGCGGGGCCGCGGCGCCUGCAGAACCUUGGACAGAAGCUCCGGAGCCGCCGCCGCCGAGCGCGAGCCCCGCCGAGCCCUGCCGAGCGCCGGGACCGCGGGCCCGAGCCGCGGCGCGCAUUGCGGAGGGAGGGCGCGGAGCGAAGGAGUCGCCGCCGCCUGCCGGAUCCGAAGGGGCAGCACGCGCCCCCGGGAGCACCCCCCGACUCCUGCCCGGGGCCGCCGCGGGCUCGCUGAGCUGUUCUCUCCCUCCGUCCGGCAGGCUGGGCGCGCAGGGGCGCGGGCCCCCGCCCGGCGCUCAGCGGCACCAUGGGCACGGUGCUGUCCCUGUCCCCCAGCUACCGGAAGGCCACGUUGUUUGAGGAUGGCGCGGCCACGGUGGGCCACUACACGGCCGUGCAGAACAGCAAGAACGCCAAGGACAAGAACCUAAAGCGGCACUCCAUCAUCUCUGUGCUGCCGUGGAAGAGGAUCGUGGCCGUGUCGGCCAAGAAGAAGAACUCCAAGAAGGUACAGCCGAACAGCAGCUACCAGAACAACAUCACGCACCUCAACAAUGAGAAUCUGAAGAAGUCGCUGUCGUGCGCCAACCUGUCCACGUUCGCCCAGCCCCCACCGGCCCAGCCGCCCGCACCCGCUGCCGGCCAGCUCUCGGGCUCCCAGAGCGGGGUCUCCAACUCCGUCAAGAAGGCCCCGCACCCUGCCCUCACCUCCACAGGGACGCCCAAACGUGUCAUCGUCCAGGCGUCCACAAGCGAGCUGCUGCGCUGCCUGGGCGAGUUUCUGUGCCGCCGGUGCUACCGCCUAAAGCACCUGUCCCCCACGGACCCUGUGCUCUGGCUGCGCAGCGUGGACCGCUCGCUGCUCCUGCAGGGCUGGCAGGACCAGGGCUUCAUCACACCCGCCAACGUGGUCUUCCUCUACAUGCUGUGCAGGGAUGUCAUCUCCUCCGAGGUGGGCUCGGACCACGAGCUCCAGGCCAUCCUGCUGACCUGCCUGUACCUCUCCUACUCCUACAUGGGCAACGAGAUCUCCUACCCGCUCAAGCCCUUCCUGGUGGAGAGCUGCAAGGAGGCCUUUUGGGACCGCUGCCUCUCCGUCAUCAACCUCAUGAGCUCCAAGAUGCUGCAGAUCAACGCUGACCCGCACUACUUCACGCAGGUGUUCUCCGACCUGAAGAACGAGAGUGGUCAGGAGGACAAGAAACGGCUCCUCCUUGGGCUUGAUCGGUGAGCCCCGUGGCCCGCAUCAUGGCUCAAGGAUUCCAUUCAUUUUUUAAAAAUUUAUUAUUAAGCAAAUCAGAUUUUGUGUACAGUAUGUGUCUAGCAAAGCCACCGAGGGCCUCUCCCUUCCCAUCGUCUCUCCUUGGGGUUUUCUUCAGCCCUGCCUAGAACUCUGGGCUCUUUUGAACUCCCAAACCUUGUGCAAAACCCAGAAGAUGUAUUCAGAGCCACCCGGGCUGCUGACCUCUCAGCUCUGGGGAAUUCAAAGGACUGAGCUGCCUCUGCGGCCUGUGCUCUUGCCGGACUGGGGCAGGUGAGGCUGCCCGCUGCUGCUCCUGGCACGGGAGCCGGAGAGGGGCCUCUGGCCAGUUGGCCCAGGGAGCAGUUGGUGUUCCCGGUUGGAGGUCCUUUCCUUUCCUUGCUCUUGCUUUGGGUCAUCCAUUCUCCCAGAGGCCUGUGGAGCUGGCCAUCCCGACCGAGCCCUGAGUUGGGUUGGGAGGCAAGGAGCCCACCCCCCGGGGACAACUCUUCAGUCGAGGAGAAGCUUGGCCUGGUACAAAGAUUGGGGCCUGUCAUUUGACCAUGCACCACCCUGGUUUGCUCUUUUUUCUUUUUUAGGGAGGAGGGCUUUCCUUUAGUGAAGACAUGGACCUUACCCCCUAGUCCCUUUAGCCCCUGCUCCCAGCCGUGUUGACAGUUGGGUUAAUGAGCUGGUUUGAUUCAUUAAGGUCUUCGAUUUUGGGUCCCAGCUACAGGGGUGGGGUGCAGCUAGGGACAACUCCUUUCCUGGGUGAGUCUUUUCAUUUGACUAAUGCAGCUUACUCACCCUGAGGUGAUGGCCAGGGCAACUGCAGGUGCCCAUUACCAACAGCCUGCCUUCUGGGCGGGUGGGGUUGUCAUGCCUGAGACCAGCCAGCGCCCACCGAAGGGCUAAGGCUUCUUGCUGGUGCAUGACAUUCAUUCCGCAGAGUUGGGGUUGGGGGGGGGUGAUGUCAGGGAUCAGGGCGAUGUGGUCAUGACGUACCCCCUGUCCCUACCCUUGUUCAUUUCAAGCUGUUUCCAAACAGUUCAGUUUCUUCUGAAGACGAACCCUUGCUCUGCAAGGCCCCAUGAGACCACUGGAUCUUGGGAGACAAUUCCAAGACGGGCGUAGCGCUCCUGAUUGCUUUGGAAGCCUGCUCAACCUGUACCUGAUCAUUUGCAGCUGCUGGUUUGGGUUUCCACCUUACCCUAGUGGCUGUGAAAACACACCAGGUGUACUUAAUCAAUUUCCUUUCUAACUCUCCCAGAUUGAUGGCUUGGGACUUGGGAGAGGAUUGGGAGAAGGAAGCGAACCCUCCUCGGUGGCCCAUCACUCCAGCUUUGGGGAACAAAGACCAAUGUGAAGGCGCUCUGGGGAGUCCUUGCUUCCAGUCCCCAUGCACCCCACCCCCUCCCGGGGAGUGUUGGGAUAUGGGGCUGGGGGCAGGCAGAGGGGCCUUUGCCCUAGGAUUAGGUUCCAGGUGGAUGGAUGCUGACUUUAGCUGGAGCACUACUGAAAUUCACCCGAACAAGAGAAAGCUGUGAAACCCGGAGGUCCCAGUUUAAAAGAGGCCUGGAGGCGAGCUGCCGGCCCUGGGUGUUCCCGGAUAAGAGGGGGAGGGCCCCCCCGGGCUGGGAUCGAGUUUGCCCCAGCUAGCCUCAGGCCCACGCUGAGCCUGAGCCUUUCCCGGGACUGCCAGAUAAUCCCGUGUGGAGCUGGAAGGAACCUGCUGGAAGGAUCCUGCGGCUGCUGGCACGGACUUCUCAACGCCACCGCUUAUUCUCCUCUCGGUCGGAGUUGUCACACAGCCUGUCUGUGCAGAUCCCGCCGCCACGUGUGACCCGAGGUAGGAGGCCCUGUGGGGGCAGCAGGCCCUGGCGGCCUGGAAGAGGGAGGUUCGGGAGCCCAGUCUCCAGAGGAGGGGCGCGCGUCUGUAGUCACUCUUUUCUCGGCGGCGGCCGAACUUGGCCUGAGACUGUGUGCAUCGGUUGCGUCCCCAGGAUUCCGGUUUUGUGUGUUUCCUUCUCUUUCUCCGUAUUUAUUUUUUUAUUUCUCGGAGGAGGUGCAAAUUUCAGGAGUGGCUGGGGGACCAAGGCAGCCAGUCUCUGGCUACUCCCCCCACCCCAUCCCGUGUGAAGCCUGCGCCGUCCUCCUCCGCGCCCUCGUGCUGGGCAGUCCUGGGGUGCAGGGGCCGCUGGACUCUGUGCAGGCAGUGAACCCAUUUGACAUGCUGCUAUGAAGACUACUUUUAGAACAACAAUUAAAAAAAAAAAAAACUAACCUACGGAAAAGAAACAAACCCUUUAUUCUUUCAUUGUUGCUUUGACAGUGAUCUCGUGCAUGCGAACCAGGAGCAUUUUGUGUCUUAAGAAAAAUAAUCUUAGAACAGAUGGCCGUGAACGUUACACCCGUGCGCAGUCACAGGAAUAAUAGUUCAGGAUUUGGUUUUUCUCUUUUUCUUGUAAACCUGAAGGGUUGCUAUCUUCUUUCCAUGCAGUUCUUAGAAUUUAGUUUUGUUCCAGCAGUUGUUAAACUUGCAAUGAGAAGAAAAUGUGCCAUUUUUUCCCCCACUCAGAAUUAUUCAUCGCUGUAUAUUUGAAACUGCUAAUUACACGUGCGGUGUAUGUUGGUUCUUAGUGCAAUUUGUUCUGUAGUUAUUCUUUGACCAAACCGUGGGUAUUGUUAAUAUUAAUUUAUAUUUGUCUCAUUUUGUAUGUAUGUGUAGUGUGUUUGUAAGUAUGUGUGGUUUAUAAUCUGACAAGGUCAUGAAGCUCAGUUUGGCUGUAAUUUAAUUCCCUCUCCCUUAUUUUUAUUUAUUUUUGUACUGUGCUGAUUAAAUAAAAUGCACUGACCAUCCA